AAGUUCUAUAAAUAUAACAUACCCAAGUAUAUCUAUACAAAUUUUCCAGUCUAAAAUAUAGAUUAGUUUGUGGUUAAUAUUGGAUAUUGACAUGGAAGAAGGUCACGGUCAUACUGAUCUUGACCAUCAUUUAAACACACUGACUGGUUAUGGCAAUUUUAUGCCAGGACAGGCCUGGCAACGAUCAUUAGCCAAGUUUUCUGGACUGUUAAAUUAUCCUCACGAUCAUGAUCAUGAAGAUUCAGAACGUUCACUCAGUCAACUAAACUACAAAUUUGAAACUCUCGUCAAAUCUGACCAUCCAAAUUCACCUUGCAGCCCACUUAAAAUUGAGGAAUUUAAAUGCUUAUCAUUUAAUAAAUUCAAGAACAACCCCGAACUGGCUUCUGUGAAGUGUGUAAAAUGGUAUAACGAAUGGAUCCAAUGUAAAUGGGACGAGGAUAAACUUAAGUUUGGUUACAAUUAUAUGGAACCUAGAGCUCCUAGGAAAAGGAAAGCAUAUAUCGCAGCUCCAAACUACCAAUAUUCAUAACACAUUUGUAAUGUUUUAAUUUAUAUUUGUUUAUUUAAUCAAUACCUUUAUAAUUUUUUAAUUUAUU